AUGGAUUUCGGGAGCAAUCCAGGUGAUGAGGGGGAGGCUUUGCGGAUUCUUACAGAGGCUCUAGAUCGCCACAGACAGCAGCAGCUUCAUGAGCAGCAGAAGCAGCAGCAAGACGAGGCAUUGCAGAAUGAUGGAGAGUCUCAUGGGAACCACUACGAACAGCAGCAGCAACAGCAGCGCGAUCUACAGCAGCAACAACAGGAGCAGCUUACAGAGCAGCCAGAAUGGCAACCGCAGCAGCCGCAGUGCCGGCAGCAGCAAGAAAACACAGAGGAGAGCGUUGGAGCCCUUGGAGAACUGGAGCGAAGACUUCGUUCUCUUGGUGUCUUUGCAGGGCAGCAUUUGCGAGCAGUUCAGCAGCAGCAGCAGCAGCAGCUUCAGCAGCAGCUUCAGAGGGAGGAUCUCCAGCAACAGCUGCAGCAGCAACUGCACCGACAGCUGCUCCAGCAGCAGCAAGAAAAAACAGCAACUGUUGCCUCUCUUACCCCUCCUGGCUUUGAGGAAGCUUUUCAAAACUAUGGCACAAUUGGCAGGCCCAAUUUGCAGCAGCAACAACAGCAACAAGAGGAUGCGCGGUUGCUGCAGCUGAAGCAGAGACAAUUCCAGCAACAGCUGCUGCUGCUGCAACAGCAACAACAGAAGCAGCAGCAGCAACAGCAGCAGCGAGGCACGGGGGAAGCACGACGCCGCGAAGUGCAACAGCCGUGGCUUGGGGAGGACGCCGACCUGCAGCAGCAGCUCUGGCAGCAGUACCUGCAACAGCAGCAACUGCAGCAGCAGCAAAUGAGGCAGCAGUAUCUCCAACAACGCCAGCUGCAUCUGCAGCAGCAACAGCAGGAACAGCAGUGCUCGUUCCUGUCAGGCCUCGUUGAUCAGCCGGACCCUGCUGCCUCUCGACAGCGGCAGCAACAAAAAUCGCAGCGUUUUUUGCAGCAGCAGAAGCCCCAACAGCAACUUCGAUUGCAGCAGGGGCUGGCGGGUGAGGGUUGUGCCUUAAAUCCUGAUGCUGCUGAGUUCGUUCCCUCACGUUUAUUGCAGCAGCACUUACAGCAAGGUGUCAUUGAAAAAGCAGCAGCAGUGCCAGCGAACAUUCCUGCCGUACACCUCUGCUCUGUGGCAGAUGUGGCGUGGGAAGAGGUUACUGUCUCGCAGUCGUCUCGCAGCGUUAGCAGCUUCGGCAACAAUCCCUGCAACACAAGCGCGCAGUAUGCUGCGUGCUCGUGUGGUUCGCUCUUCCGUUUACAACCGCAAGGUGACACAUUCUCCAUCUGCAAAUUGGAAACUGUGUCGUCGGCGGAGGGCCGGUGGGUGCUGCUACCAGUCAAUUCUGGCACAGGACCGCCUGUGCGCGAGGUGACCUUUCUAGCGAUAUGCACUGGGGCAGCAACAACUGGGAUAAAGGUCGCAGCGGCUGCUGCUAAAGAUGCUGCAGAAGCCGCAAAGCCAGAAAAGGCUUCAUGCUGUACAGACACGACAGCCAGUAGCGGUAAUGGCGGAAGUAGCGUCACAUCAAAUACAAGCACUUCAAACAUCAGCGACACAUUAGGAGCAACAGCGGCACCAUCAACAGCAGCGACUGCAGCUAGUGCAGCUGCUGAUGGAGAGUGCGGAGACCUGAAAAACAGCGAAACAGAAGCACCAGCAUCAUUGGCGGAGCUUCAGCUCAACGAAGAGCAAAAGGAGGAGCGUCUUGAAGAGCACAUGCUGCCCCCUUCGUCGGAGCCGUGCGCGGACAACCAGUUGUGCAGGAACAGCAGAAGUAGCAGCGCUAACAGCAAUUUCCACGGAUGCCGCCUUGCCGUUUUUUCUGGGCUCGACGCUACGGGGAGGCUUGAAGACGGCGGGAUUAGUUUCUUUCACGUUGGUCGUGGUGUCUGGGAACGACAUCAGGUGCAUUGGGGAGCAUCCGCAUCUUUGCAACAACAUCACGGGCAACAGGAAGACUGGAAACAGAAGGAAGAGCAACAAGAACGAUCGAGUCAGACGUGGGUGUACCAAGCUUCUUGCGACUCUCUCUUCUGCUUCAGCGCCGUCUCGGUCGGAGGCAGCAAGAAUGUACAAAACAGAUUGCUACAGUUGAACCUGAAGACGUUUGCUCUGGAGCUGCUGUACACCUCCACAGCGACAGCGGCAUCGACGCAGCCACAGGUGCAGUGCCAGCAGGAACCCGUCCCUCGAAUCGACGCAGCGUUCACUGCUUCAGCGGAUGGGAAUUCGUUAUACUUGUUUGGUGGCAAAGACAGCAGCGACCAAGGGAUUAGCUUGAGGGAUAUGUGGAGCUUUGAAGUUAAGGAAAAGAGAUGGAACUUAAUUAAGCCCGCAGGGGGUUGGCCAGACUUUCCAGGAAGCAAUGCUGUUUGUCUCUUCUUCUUCCGCGACAUUUUGAUCCUGUACUGCCCUCCCCCCACUGCAGCCCUGCUCUGUAUCUCUCUGUGGAACCUUCACUGGGCAAACAUUUCACUUCCGGAAGCACUCGCCGGCUCAGCAUCAAGCAAAGAUGCAUUCGCCGUGUGCAAUCAGGAAUACUUUUAUGUGUUUUACGGAGGAACAAUAACGUCAGAUGCUGCCAUUUUCGGACAGCAAGCAGGAAAACAGGUGCAAGGCGGAAACAACAGCAUCCCUCCCCUGGUGACAUCAUCGAUACAUCGGCUGUCACUUGCGUAUUUAGAGGAGGCUAUCAUUAGUUUCACAGAACACACGGGUGAUGCUUCCUCGAAAACAGCAGCGGUCUGUGUUGCUGGCGCUCCUGCUCUUGAAGACGGAGACAAGGACUCGCCUUCGGAAUCGGUGCAACGACAUCAAAGACAGCAGCAACAGCAGCAACAGCAAGCGCUGUUGCAAAUGCUUCAGCAUCAGGCUCGGAAAUUAAGGGUGCAGCAGGUGCCUACUGCUGCUGCGGAUUCUCCAUUCAGCGCCGAGCAGCAGCUACAGCAACAAGUUCAGCUGCUGCAGCGGGAUAUGGAAGAACUACGGACUGAACGAAAUUUGCUGCGGCAGCAGCUGCAGCAGCGCGAGGACGUCCUCUCAGCCCUAUCGAUGAAAGCCACGGCGGUGCUGCAGCAGCUUCGAGAGGAACGCAGCGCCAGGGAGCUACAGCAGCAGCAGCACGAGCAGCAGCAGCAGCUGCUUCUCCAGCAACUGCGGGCCAGAGAUGCGAUGCUGCAACAGCAGAAGGAAAAGGUUGAGACAUUUGCUGCGACUGCGCAGCAAGUGCGUCAGUGCUUACUUCUUCUGCUUCGGCAGAAGGAAGGUCAUGGCGUUCAUUCCACUGGAAGCGACGUAGACGGUAAAGCUAGGGCUUGCAGCGAGGAGCAGCAACAGCAACUGCAGCAGGCGCAACGACAACAGCAGCCCCAGCAACAGCCGCAGCCGAGGGAACUGCUGCACCAACAUUCAAAUGAUCCCCACCAGCAGCAACAACAGCAUCAGCAGCAGCAUAAACAAAAACUGCAGCAGCAGCAGCAGCAGCUGCAGCAACAAGUAAAGCAACAGCACCAUCUGUUGCAACAGCAUCCGCUGCAGCAACAGCAAGCAGAACACCAGUCCCAGCAGCAGGCUAGGACAAGUGCCUGGCCGUCCUUCCCACCCGCUGCAGCAGCUGCUGCUGCAGCUGCAAAUUCGGCACCCCAAAGGCACCGUCGAAGGCCUCCUGGUAACUCGACUCGCAACAGUGUUCAGCAGCAGCUACAGCAACAGCUACAGCAACAGCAGCAGCAGCAGCAGCUGCAGCAGCAGCAUCGAAGGCACCGGAAUCCGUUACCAUGA